AUGGCCUGCUUUCAACCAACACCAGGAUUGCUCAAUUCGACACGGCCCAUGAUGAUCCCCUCUUCGGCCGUGUUCGAAGAUGACAUUGACACGGAAAAUGUUCUCAUGCCAGACUUACCACCAACGUUACCCUUCUCGACCGCCGACUGGAUAGGUAACGACAACGCUCCUUUUGCGCCCUUGUCUGCCGAUUAUAAUGGACGAGAAUUUGCGUUACGAGGGAGAGCCUCUGACGAUCUAGAAUUUCUAAGAAUGUACAGCCUCAAUGAUAACUCUUCCCCCGUAUACCCCAAAGCUUGUAAUAUCGAUAUUGAUGAUACACUACAAGAUGUAUUACCUGUAUCUCCUAAGGACGGAAAAAGCGAACUUCAGUCUCUGGUGCAAAAGAAGGAUGACCAGUUUCCUCCUAACACUACUACUACUUCUAUCGUUGACAUGGAGGCAAGUGUACCAUUACGUCUUGCAAGUCACAGAAACACAAGGAUGCGAACAGUCACCACCACCGUCACCAAAGCUAGAGAGGUACCUAGAGUAUCAGCCACUGCUGCAGCCAUUCUUAGCGAAAAAACCAUCGAAUCAUCUCCUCGACCCCGAAAAUGCUCCGAUUCUACUUCUUCUUCCUCUUCUUUUUCCUCCUCCUCUUCGCUAUCUAAACCGUGUGCGACCUCUUUGGGCCGUUCGUCAACAACGUUGGACACCAACGUGGACGUAGCAGUGAAACGCAAAAGGUUCGCUCACAAUGUCAUCGAAAAAAGGUAUCGUACAAACUUGAACACCAAGUUCAUUGUUCUCGGGAACUCAAUUCCUCAAUCGGAGGCUUUUGCUACCCAAUUAGCAUCAAAUACGAGGUCAAGAAAGUUCUCGCUCUGUCAAAGCCAACACUCAGCCGCAGCGAAUACUUCUGUCGGAAAAGGAGCGCAGCAACAGCUGCAAAGCAGAUCCGAGAUCCUCACAAAUGCGCUGUCGUAUAUAAAUUCACUGCGAGGAGAGAAUUCUCGAUUAAAAGGCGAGUUGUUUUUUCUCAAGAAUGAAAUAUCACCAAACGGGUAAUGUGCGGGCGAUAAUCCCAUACAAGUGUUCAUUUCACACUUCAUCUCGAGAAUCACUUUUUAUCCCAGAAUCUGUCUAACUUAUAUUUUCUCCCAAUUCCGAUUCCUGAGUUUAAUUCCUACCAUACCUAAAAGAAUGUGAAAUGAGGGGUGGUUAUGGGCAUGUGAGCCCGGACAAUACGACUAGAAAAGCCCUCAUAGAGAAUGGUAUACGUUUUCCUUUUCCCCACAGUUUCCCUGGAAUCUAUCUCCUCAUUAAUCUCGUCUUUCCCAUGAGUGUUGAGGUUUUUGAUAUCUAAUUAAUAAAUACCAUGGAGUUAUCCAAUAUUUGAUCGGAUAGCUA